GACAUGGUAACGGAUCCAUGACUGUGCUUCUGUUAUUAUCAACGCCAGUAACGGUUAAACCUAUUGCAUGUGUCGAAAUGAAGGACGAGAAGAGUAACUCUAUAUUGCCCACUGAAGCGACUCGAUUGAGACCAAGAUUGGAAAGUUUCGAUGAUGUUCUGCCGUAUGUCGGUGACUACGGGAGAUAUCAAUGGCUGUUGUUAUUGUCGUUACUACCUUAUGGCGCGACGUACGCGUUUCUUUAUUUCUCGCAAUUUUUCAUUACGAUUAUUCCCACGGAACACUGGUGCAGGAUAGACGAAUUAGUAAACUCGAAUUUCACCGAAGAAGAGAGGAUUAAGAUAGCGAUUCCAGUGACGAACGUUUAUCCUUAUUACGAACAAUGUCAACGGAAGGACGUAAACUUCACAGAGCUGUUGAAGAGCGAUAAGAGCCUGAGCUCAUCGGGCUUCCAAACAAACAAAACGAUAAAAUGUACUCAAUGGGAGUAUAAUUUUACGCAGAUUCCAUAUCCUAGUAUAGGAACUGAGCUAGAUUGGGUAUGCGACCGAGAAUACCUCGUAUCAACGGCGCAGGCCAUCUUCUUCUGCGGAUCCAUCAUCGGUGGUUUCCUAGUCGGUUGGAUCGCCGAUCACAAGGGUCGUAUCCCAGCUUUAAUGUUCUGCAAUGGUAUCGCCCUUUUUGCCUCCAUUUUCACUGCCAGCGCAAAUAGUUUUUGGUCAUUCGCCGUCUGUAGGUUUCUCACUGGACUGGCGUUCGAUAACUGUAUCAACAUUCCUCUGAUUAUCGUUCUCGAAUAUAUGGCUGUUUCGAAACGAACGUUGGUCGUGAAUAUCGCCUUUGGCGUAUACUUCGCAGUGGCCAGUACAAUUUUACCAUGGAUAGCCUAUUAUAUCGCGAACUGGAGAUAUUUUACCUACGUUACUGCCAUACCGCUGUUAUCUGUCGCUAUCACACCGUGGAUUCUUCCCGAGAGCGCCCGAUGGUACGUUUCCAACGGGAUGAUGGACAAGGUUGUUGAGAAACUACGGAGAAUAGCUAAGAUCAAUCGUAGAAAUCCAGACUCGCGUAUUUACGAUAUAUUCGUCAGUAACAUGGAGGCACCGGACAAAAUUCAAGAAUCAGCGACGCUGCUCGAUCUGUUCAAAACGCCACGGUUGGCGAGAAACACUAUUCUUCUAGUUGCAUUCUGGUGUUUCACCCUGAUCUCGUUCGACGGUCACGUGUAUUCAUUAAAACUUAUCCAGAGCUCGGUGUUCGUGUCGUUCUCGAUCGCCUGUGCCACAGAACUUCCAGCUGGGUUAUUACUCGCCCUGUUGCUCGACCGAUGGGGUCGUAGACUCUGCGGAUUUCUCACGAUGGCAAUGACCUGUGUACUCAGUAUCGCUGAACUUAUGCUGCAUUCCAUGCUCGCGAAAUUAGUAAUGUCAAUAUUGUCGCGAUUCUGUCUGAACAUGGCAGCCAAUGUUGGUCUUCAGUAUGCAGCAGAACUUCUGCCCACGCCAGUCAGAUCGCAGGGCGUAUCGUUCAUUCAUAUUUUCGGAAUAGUUGCACACUCUUUGGCGCCAUAUAUCACUGACUCGGCUAGAAUUUGGGAGGGAUUUCCAAUGCUCAUUAUCAGCACGGUGUCCUUUUUUGGCGCUGCACUGGUUUUGUUCCUGCCGGAAACUGUCGGCCAGAAUCUUCCUCAGACUAUCAAGCAAGGCGAAGAAUUCGGAAGGGACCAACAUUUCUGGUCGUUGCCUUGCUACCAUAAGACACACUUCAAUGGACAUCAACACUAUCACUCCUGUGAACGAUAAUUAUCUGAUUUUUAAUAAUAAUUCAAUUAAAAAACACGAAGGAGGAUUCGUGUUUUUUUAGAAGUAACAAUAUUACAAGCGGAUCAGUCUGACGAUUUUUGUACGAGAAAAAAUCGGAACAUAUUAUUUUUCUAUUCUCCUACAUUAAUUUUUAUUUUUAUCGUUUACGUUUAAGAAUUUGUAAGCCUUAAUUCUAAAAAGAGCGAGCUUAGAAAUCGUGUUCCUAUAUAAUUUUUAUUAUUAUCUUUUAAGAGCUUUUAUAAUUUUAAUGCUAAUUUUCACUUGCGUUACGCACGUUCGAAUCGUUCAGCGGUUGGUGCUAAUUUGAUAUUCAAAGAUAUUACGUAGAAUAAUAUCGAAAAUGUUACGUAAAUUAAUAAUUACGUAAUUUAUUAAUUACGUAAAUAAUAAAUUAGGGAGAUUUAAAUUUUUGAUUCCUUUAAUGUUUUUAACAUUUUUCACUGGAAUAUAUUGGACAAAAUCUUAUUUAAAAAAAUAGUACGUUUAGAUAAUUUGUCUUUGUGAAAAGAAACAGUUUUAUAUCUUUUGAACGAUUAUCCACGUAUUUUUAACGAUUAUUUAUCUAUUCGUUAUAUUUUUUGUACGAUUUUAAAUAACGUACAAUAUUAAUAAAAUCCAAGCUUGAAGACUUUUUAAAUUAUUGUUAUAAUUUCUUCAGCACCAACUGCUGGACUUUUAUCUAUCUGAAACGAGUUGUGCGUACAUUUAAAAAAAAAAUAACUCUAAUUGACUGUUUCUAUGGUUUAGGAAGAAGAAAAAAAGAAAGGAAAGAAUAUUGUAAGCAAAUCGUGCCAUCGUAUGACGAUCAGUGUUCGUCGUUGUGCCAAUAACAACGCAAUCAAUCUGAAGAAACCUAUUCAUAGUAUUCAUAAUCAUCACUCACGUAUACAUACGCGUAUACACUCACGUCCAUAAGAUUGAUUCACCGAAUAAAACUUCCAUAAACCUUAAUAUAAGAAACAAUUCUACUUUUUAUUUGCACACACAUCGACGAAUCCCCCGAACAAAAAUAAACUGCUAAAUAUCUCUAUAAUUAAAUACAUUAAUGCUCGAUGAUCCUCGUUCAUCAUUAUACGUCUAAUCUAACUCCAUCCUAUAAUUAGGAGUUCUACGAUAACGAUCACUUAUGUUACAAUGUAUUAACCCUUAACAGCCGAACUUAAUUAUAAUUAAUUAUAGAAAAUGAAAUGCUUCAUUAUACGGAUAUUUGAAGUAAUAUUCUGUAUUAUACAGGGUGUCUGGUAAUUGAUACUGUGAUAACCAGUGGUUAGUUAAUGUGGUUAAUAACCAGUGGUACAGGAUAAUACUAUGUGAAAGGAUCUGUUGAAAAUAUAGAACGAGAGAUUUUCGUACGACGUUCGAGAGAAUGAAAUUCUGAAGCUUUGUCAACUCGUGUUCACACGACAUUCACGAAACAUAUUCAAAAUUUAUUUUCUCGAAAAUACGAAGAAUCAUCAGUUACGAAACACUCUGUACUAUAUCACAUUAUUAUAUCACUAUCGUAUUGAUAAGAAAUGUCGAUAUUAUAACUCCUUAAGACUCCCUUAAUAUUUAUUUGCGAUUCAGCUUAAUAUGUAUUUCAAUAUUAAAUUGUAAUGUGUAAUUUCAAGAUUAAAAAUAUAAAAGAAUUCAUUCCUGAUUA